CGGCGCGCCGGGACCCAGUGCGCGCUCGCGGCUCGCCGCCAGGGGGCGGGGCUUGGCGAGGAGCGACGGGUCAGGGCGCCAAUCGCGGGGUUGCUCCGCCUUCGGGCUCGGUUUGAAAUUCCGCGGCGACCUAACGGCUCCCGGAGCCGCGGCUUGAAGCAAGACAGCCGGUGCUUGUGGGAGGUUGCUGCGCCCAGCCCCGCGUGGAGGAGGUCUGGGGCCUCGACGGCCGGCUGCUUGGAGCGUCCGCCAUGAGGAGAAGUGAGGUGCUGGCAGAGGAGUCGAUAGUAUGUCUCCAGAAAGCUCUGAAUCACCUUCGAGAAAUCUGGGAAUUAAUUGGGAUUCCAGAGGACCAGCGGUUACAAAGAACUGAGGUUGUAAAGAAACAUAUCAAGGACCUCCUGGAUAUGAUGAUUGCUGAAGAGGAAAGCCUGAAAGAAAGGCUCAUCAAAAGCAUUUCCAUCUGUCAGAAAGAGCUGAAUACCCUGUGCAGCGAAUUACACGUCGAGCCAUUUCAGGAAGAAGGAGAGACGACCAUCUUGCAGCUAGAAAAGGAUUUGCGCACUCAGGUAGAACUGAUGCGAAAACAGAAAAAGGAACGAAAACAGGAACUGAAACUACUUCAAGAACAAGAUCAAGAGCUGUGUGAAAUUCUUUGCAUGCCCCACUAUGACAUCGACAGCACCUCAGUUCCCAGCUUAGAAGAGCUGAGCCAAUUUAGACAGCACGUGGCCACAAUGAGGGAAACAAAGGCAUCUAGACGUGAGGAGUUUGUCAACAUAAAGAGACAGAUCAUCCUGUGUAUGGAGGAAUUAGAUCACACCCCAGACACAAGCUUUGAAAGAGAUGUGGUGUGUGAAGAUGAAGACGCCUUUUGUUUAUCUCUGGAGAAUAUUGCAACACUACAAAAGUUGCUUCGGCAGCUGGAAAUGCGAAAAUCACAAAAUGAAGCAGUGUGUGAGGGUCUGCGAGCUCAGAUCCGAGAGCUCUGGGACAGGUUGCAGAUACCUGCGGAAGAGAGAGAAGCUGUGGCCACGGUUAUGACUGGGUCAAAGGCCAAGGUCAGGAAAGCGCUGCAAUUGGAAGUGGAUCGGUUGGAAGAACUGAAGAUGCAAAACAUGAAGAAAGUGAUUGAGGCAAUUCGAGUGGAGCUGGCUCAGUAUUGGGACCAGUGUUUCUACAGCCAGGAGCAGAGACAGGCUUUUGCCCCCUACUAUGCUGAGGACUACACGGAAAAUCUGCUCCAGCUCCAUGAUGCUGAGAUUGUGCGGUUAAGAAACUACUAUGAGGUUCACAAAGAACUCUUUGAAGGUGUCCAGAAGUGGGAAGAAAGCUGGAGACUUUUCUUGGAGUUUGAGAGAAAAGCUUCAGAUCCAAGUCGAUUUACAAACCGUGGAGGAAAUCUUCUAAAAGAAGAAAAGCAACGAGCCAAGCUUCAAAAAACACUCCCCAAGUUGGAAGAGGAGUUGAAGGCACGGAUUGAAAUGUGGGAACAGGAGCAUUCGAAGGCAUUUGUGGUGAAUGGGCAGAAGUUCAUGGAGUACGUGAUGGAGCAAUGGGAGAUGCAUCGACUGGAGAAGGAGCGAGCCAAGCAAGAAAGACAACUCAAGAACAAGAAGCAGACAGAGACAGAGAUGCUCUAUGGCAGUGCUCCCCGAACCCCCAACAAGCGGCGAGGACUGGCACCCAACACACCGGGCAAAGUGCGCAAGCUGAACACUACCACCAUGUCCAAUGCUACGGCCAACAGCAGCAUUCGGCCGGCCUUCGGGGGGACAGUCUACCGUUCGCCUGUGUCUCGACUUCCACCUUCUGGCAGCAAGCCAGUCAUCACUUCCACUUGUUCGGGGAAAAAAACACCCCGUGCUGGGAGGCAUGGAGCCAACAAGGAGAACCUGGAGCUCAAUGGCAGCAUCCUGAGCGGUGGGUACCCCGCCUCGGCCCCCCUCCAGCGCAACUUCAGCAUUAAUUCUGUUGCCAGCACCUAUUCUGAGUUUGCGAAGGAUCCGUCCCUCUCUGACAGCUCCACUGUUGGGCUUCAGCGAGAACUUUCAAAGGCUUCCAAAUCUGACGCUACUUCUCGAAUCCUCAAUUCGACCAACAUCCAGUCCUGAGAAGCCCUGAUCAGUCAGCUGCUGUGGCUUCCUGUGCUUAGACUAGAUCUGAUUAGACAGGGGUGAUUUUUCUUGAGUUUAGGUGUGCUUGAAAAUCUGGUUCCACUGCCACGGGCCUAACGACAGACGUGAAUGAGAGUUACAGAUGAAGAUCCAUCAGAGGUUUAGUGGGUCUUCAAAAACUUGAUUUUGUUUUGACCCAAGAAAUACAUUAAAACUUAGUUCAUAGUGGUAAGUGCAAAUUUUAGCAGAUGGAACCUGAUUUCUCUGCCCCAUAAUUCUACUUGCCGAAGCACGAGCAAAGGCUUGUAUCUCACCAUUGUGUAGGAAAAUGAUUGUGCCCAUCCUGGGGGCAUGGGACAUGAAGUGAGAUUGGCCUGUACCCUUAGAAUUAGUAAUUAACAUCUUUUUUGCUUAGGGAUGUUCCAUUAAUGCUAUAGCUGUGAUAGCUUUGCUCUCACCUAAAGAUCUGUCUCCACCACACAGGAUAGCCUUCCUCCUGAUGAGGGUGUCUGUGUGUCAGAAGUUGAGACGGCCUGACCUACUGCCAAAGAGGUGACAGGGAGGCUGGGAGCUCCUUUGUUUUGGUUAUAUAGUGCAAUGCCCUUUGUGGGGUAUGUGUGUCCGAACACACACGCUCACCUGAACGCUGUUUCUGUAGUCUUCUCUGGGUCGAGGCCCCCAGCCCCGUGCCCACUGGGCCGGAGUUCGUCUGCCCCCUGCAGUUGGCAGCCACGGUGGGGGGUGGUCAGGACGGGUUGGGCCAUUUCUGUCCCGGAGAUCUGGAACUUUGCACAUGUCAGUACUGGGGAGUUCCUCACCUACCCUGCCGAUCACUACUGCUCUCCCCGAAGCCCUAUUUAUUCUCACUCUGCCUGCCCGUCAGCACGUUCAAUGGUUCUCGAAAGCUCGCGGCAUGGGUUUGGUCUGUGUCAGCCAUGCUGCUUAGACGCAUACAUGUCCUGUUUUUAAAAAUAUAUAUUCUUGAAAAUAAAUUAAUGCGUAUACUGACGUUUCAAAAAGA